AAAACUAUAAGUGCAAUAAGUUUUAAAAAACCGUGCCUAAUUAAUUUUCUAAGAGUCAUCCUUAAACGGUGCUUGAUUGUGUUUCAAUCCCCAUGAUGGACGUAAAGUGCGCAAUGGCUCUAAAUGAAGUUAUGAGACUCGCAAGGAGGAUAUGGGAACAUUUCCACUGAGAUGCCGGUAUCUGAGCUAUACUGGGCUUAUUGGAAAUUUCAGUGGAAGUAUUAGUGGGAAAAACGCUUCCUGUAACUGCGUAUCGCAAAGAUAAAUGGAGUAACGGAAAGGAGGGAGGGGGAGCGCAGAAAACUUCACACGGCGCUCAAUUGAUGGCCAGUCAACUCAAGUGAUCUUUCCGCUUCAGGAGUGCCAAUAAUGCGUCUUAUUGUCAUCACAGACACGGCGGAGUAACUCACAAGGGACAAGUCACCGCGUCUGCGAGACAGAAUAAAAAGUGAGCCUCACUUCAGGACGACCGAUCUGCUACUUCAGCGAGGACGCACACGGGGGCUUUGGAGCACCGGAUCCACAGGCUUUUGGUCCACUCUCUUCCCCAUACAGUCGGCCGGUGUGUUCAGGAGAUGACCGCAGAUGCUCAGCGAGUACUCAUAUGACUGCAGCUUUGAUGUUUCCUACAUGAGAGCAGAGUUUAAGGGGGAAUAUUCCGGACUGGAGAAGGAACCUAAACUAAAGUUGCGCACAGUGUUUUAUUUCCAUUUUCAUCGUUGUUGGACGUUCGGGAGGUAAUCACACAUCACUGGGAAAAGACUAUCGAGGAUUGAAGGUGUCCGGUUAAACUUUAAUUUCCCAGAGGCCCUGGAGAAGGAGUUCACUUCUUUUUUUCUUCCUCCUCUCACUCCACGGAAGCUAUGAACGGACUGCGCAGGCACUUCAAUAUGGGACUGGUGCUACUGAUGUGCACGCUGACCGGCCACAGCAGCGACAGUGCGCCCUCGCCGGCUCCAAAUGCAGCUGCAACCGGCAGAGACGCGCAGCAGGGCACAAGGCGGAUAGUAGAGAUCGUGAAACACGUGGAGGACAGCCGGGUGCGCCACAGCACGAAAACGAAAACCCCGUUUACAACUCAAGAGAGGAUCGCCCCGGUGGAACCAAAGGAUUUACGCAACUUGAAAACAGACAGAGGGGAUCCGGCUGUUGCCGUAUUCCCCAGAGUUCCCAGUAAGAAACUGGAUUUCCUGAAAUACUUAACAGGUCCGCUGGUCUUCAGUCCUAAGUGCAGGAAGCAUGUGUACAGACUCUACCACCACACCAGAGACUGCACGAUACCUGCAUACUUCAAAAGAUGCGCACGGCUUCUCACACGACUAGCCGGCAGCCCACAGUGCACAGAGGGGUAGCACACACAAGGUUGAAGCCAAACAUAAGUUCUCCAGAAGAAAAAAAAACUUGGGAAAAAAGUGCCUUGGACAGUAAGAGGGAAGCCUUAAAUACUCUGACCAUCCCCAACUGAUAUUAGGCACCGUACUGCCCUUCAGUGAGGUCUGUUCUGCUAAGGCUUGGAUUACUGCCACCCAACGCUCUGGCUGGGCCUCGAUGGGAUGAUUGUCACCACGAGGGAGCAACAAAACCAGACCAAGAAAAUGAUGGUGACACUGAACAGUGGAGAAGAAGAAGAAGAAAAAAAGAAAAAAGAAA